AUGUCGUCUCCACACACCGCGACGCCUGGGGAUGACGCCCCUCAUGACACCCACACCACGCACAUGAUUGAUAUUCCCUAUCGAGGCGCCUUUGGUGAGAUCUUGGAUGGAGACGGCGAGGUAGUCGGCCACGUCGUCGAGGAUCUCACUGCGCUUCCCGAGCUUCAAGAACUUGACGGAGCCCUCAGAGUCGACGCAAGUGGAAACAUCUACAAUGAGAAUGGCGAGGCUAUCGGCAGACUCAACGAGGCCCGCCCUGGCGGCCGUGCCCAGGAGCAGCAGCAGCCGCAACGACAACCUAGUUACGGUAGUAGUCCGGGUGGCCCAUCACCUGCAGCACCUGCACCUAGGCCUGCAUCUGCACCUAAUCCCUCGGAGAUUUAUCUCGAUGUCAAGUCCACAUACGACGGCAUCCAGCUCAUCAUCAAAAUCCCGAGUAUAUUCAACAGGGAUAAGGACAACAACAAUGUGCCGGAGGACAUGAAGGGCACCACCCGCUAG